GCAAAAUCAAAACCUACAAGUACUCAUCUUCUCAUCAGUUUUUCUGAUUUUCUUCUCUUUUUCUCUUUGGCCCGAUCUCGAUUUUCACAGUUCCACGACAUCCAUCAAAGAACUCCAAUAGCAACAACAACAAGAACAACCAUCAUGUCGGGAUCAGAGUUGGACGCUCGGGAUGCAGUUUCACCCGGGCGGAGCGUUAGGAGCUUGCCGAGUACUAUGGUCGUGUGCUGUGCGUGUAUCACCGGCCAGUCCGCUUCCGUUCGACCCUUUGAGCUGUGCGUGUAUCACCGGCCCAGAGACGAUCUUGAACACUCUCUUGAGAUGCUGGGCCCUGGGUCAGACAUUGAAUCGUCGAAGAUACCAGCCUCGCUCCGAAGUUCGUCGGGCCGCCGCGGCGGAGAUUCCCUCUCUUCCUCCGACCCUCACCAACGACCAUCACCACAUACAUUUGACGAACCAAGGUGAUGGUCGUUCCGUAGAGGAGGAGAGGGAUCUCCUUUUAUUUGAAUAUCAACUGCGGGAGGAGGAGACGGUGCGAGCUGCCGGGCUCCAACUGGAGCAAAUGGAGUUUAAUCAUUAUCUCCGAAUGAGGGAGAUGAGGUUGGACCCGGGGUUCCGGGAAAGAGAACUCCUCCUUCGGGAGCGAGAGAUGGGCCUUCGGGAACGUCAGUGGCGCCUUCGGGCACAGAAGAUUAUUUUCUUCUCUUUUUUGGCGCUCUUCGGAGCUUAUGUUUUAAUUCUGUUUCUCCGCCUUCGGGCAAACAACUAUGUUGCGGAGGGAGAGGGAGGAGAGGGGGGGAGAGGGGGGAGAGGAGAUUGA